UUUUAGAAUGUUAGAAGGAAUGAAUUCGAAAAUAUUUAUUAUCAUUUAUGGAGUUUUAUAUUUGGCGAAAGAAGUGGUAAUGGAGACGGAUACGUCCAUGGAAUACAGUAAUAUAGUUAGACAAGUCAACAUGCAAAGUGUUAUCAUCAAUAAUUUACAAAGACGUUUGGAUAAACUGUUAGAAGAGCAAAAUAUGCAAGACGAAAUUGUAUAUCGUAAUCAGAAUGAAGGAAAAGCAUAUUGUAAAUGCAAACCAGGACCACGAGGGGCACCAGGAAUUGCAGGACCACAAGGUGCGCCUGGACCACAAGGACCACCAGGACCACCAGGACAAUCAGCCAUACCGGAUGAUGAUGAAUCAUGCUUGAUAUUGGUGGGCAAAUGUCCGGUUGGUUUCAUAUCGAAUACAGAUUAUGGUGAAGUGCUACGACCAUUACGAAUUUUAACUGAUAUACCACUUCAUGUGUGUUGCAAAAGUUUGAUCUGAUUAUUUGUUUUGUGGUGUAGAAUGCUUGUUGAGACAAAUUUUGAUUUGAAAAUAUGAUUAAACAUGUAGAAAUUUGAUAUCUGUAAUUGUUAUCAACAUUACAACUAAGUCCU